UUAUUUUAUUUUGUGACUUUUAUUUGUUUUUCUUAGAUAUACGUGGCAGUAGAGUGUAUUUUGUUGUUUUUCAAUUCCCAGGCCUCCAUAGUCCAGAGGAUGUACAUUGUAAUAGAUCCCUGUCCAGUGCAAAAGGUCAAACCAUUUCCCCGGAAAGUAUAUAUUUUUAAAUUUUUUUCCUUAUUGUCUUCUUCAAGUUUGUAGAAAAGACAUUGUCUGAAGUCUGAGCUUAUGCUGAUUUCAAAUAAAACAAGUGGGUAUUUCCUCUUUCAGGAUUGGGUACUGGGUACUACAUUCAGUGGAUUUAUGAAGGAAAAAAUCCCCAGAAGCUAUGUAAACCUAGGACUGAGAAGAAAACACAUUUUAAUUUUUUUAUGAGUUAUAGUUACUUUGCAAUUUAGGAAAUUUAGGAAAUCAGAUUUUUAAAAAAUAAUUUUGUCUAAUGAAAUGAACAAAUGUAAUAGAAAUAAAAUCCCCAAGAGAGAAAACAUUGUUUCAUUUACUGUUGAUCCUCAGAAGUUUAAAGAUUGCCUGCACUGGUAAAUAUUUGUUAAAUGAAUUUACUGCAACAGAGUUUGUCUACUGGAUUUGUACAUUAAUAAGGACUAGAUAUUACUUUUGUUUUCAUAACUAUUGUUAGCUACAUGAAUAAGACUGCAAAGUGGGUUGAGGAACGGGGAGUGUAUUUAACACUAUGACCUAUAAUUCAUGGUAGCUCUUGCACUUUACUUUGGAGUUUAAAAAAUUAUGUGAACUUGUAAAGUUGAACGCUUGGUGGCGCUGCAGGCUAAGAGAGUGUAAAACUGCAGAGUCAGUGACUCCUUAAAAACUGAACAGUUUUCAGCAUUUUAAAAAAGAAACUUGUGACAUUACUGGGGAUAGAAUACUUGAAAGAAGCAGCUCCCCCAUAUCAACCAGUGUUUUUUUUUUAAAGAAUUAACUCAAUAUUAUUAAACCUAGAUAGUUGGGUUGGAUUUAAAUCAAUUAUUGUGAAUAAUAUACUGCAUCUUUUGGACUUGGAAGAACAAUGGAGUCUCCGCUCCCCAAAGCAACGCAGAAAAGGCAAGUGACCAUCCUUACUUUAUUAUUUCUACUGUGGGAGGUGGGCAGUGUAACCAUUAAGUAUUCCAUUCUAGAAGAAACAGACAGCGGUUCUUUUGUGUCCAACCUAAAAAAUGAUCUAGGGCUGGGCACAGGGGAGCUGGCCAAGAGGGGCGCCCGGAUUCUUUCCAAAGGGAACAAACAGCACUUGCAGCUUGAACAAAAGAGUGGUAAUUUGCUCCUAAAAGAAAAAUUGGACCGAGAGGAGUUGUGUGGGAACACAGACCCAUGUAUACUGCAUUUCCAGGUGUUACUGAAAAACCCGGUGCAGUUUAUUCAAGGUGAACUACAGCUCCAAGAUGUAAAUGACCAUGCCCCAGAAUUCUUGGGAAAGGAAAUCCUUCUUAAAAUCUCGGAAAGCAGCCAUCUGGGAACUCUGUUUCCUUUGGAAAUAGCUCAAGAUUUGGAUGUGGGUAGCAACACAGUUCAGAACUACCUAAUUAGCAGCAACUCCCAUUUCCACCUUCUCACUCGCAAUCACAGCGACGGCAGGAAAUAUCCUGAGCUGGUGCUGGAAAAAGCCCUGGACCGAGAGGAGCAAUCCGAGUUCAGGUUAACCCUUACAGCUCUGGAUGGCGGGUCACCGCCCAGAACUGGGACUUGCCAGGUUCUCAUCCUCGUUCUGGACAUCAACGACAACACUCCAGAAUUUACUCAAGGACUCUACCAGGUGCAGGUCCCAGAGAACAGCCCUGUAGGGUCCCUUGUAAUCACCGUCACCGCUAGAGAUUUAGAUGCUGGGAUCUAUGGGCAGCUCUCCUACUCAUUUUUCCAAUCCCCAAAUCAAGUCAUUCAGGCCUUCGAAAUAAAUAAAGCCUCAGGAGAAAUCAGAUUGAAAAAACUGUUGGAUUUUGAAGAAAUUGAUACUUACCACAUGGAAAUUGAGGCCUCAGAUGGCGGGGGUCUUUCAGGAAAAUGCACUGUAGUCAUAAAAGUGAUGGAUGUAAAUGACAAUGCACCUGAGCUGACUAUGUCAUUACUGAUCAGUGAUAUCCCAGAAAACUCCCCAGAAACUGUAGUCGCUAUUUUCGGAAUUUCAGAUCCAGACUCUCAAGAUAAUGGGAAAAUGAUGUGUUCCAUUCAAGACCAUCUCCCCUUUCUUCUGAAACCCUCAGUAGAAAAUUUCUACACUUUGGUCACAGAAGGAGCCCUAGACAGAGAAACCCGAUCUGAGUACAACAUCACCAUCACGGUCACCGACUUGGGGACACCAAGGCUGAAAACCGAGCACAGCAUAACCGUCCUGGUCUCCGACGUCAACGACAACGCCCCUGCCUUCUCGCAGACGUCCUACACCCUGUCGGUGCGUGAGAACAACCAGCCUGCCCUGCACAUAGGCAGCGUCAUCGCCACAGACAGAGACUCAGGCAGCAACGCCCAGCUGACCUACUCGCUGCUGCCGCCCCAGGACCCGCACCUGCCCCUCGCCUCGCUGGUCUCCAUCAACGCGGACAACGGGCAGCUGUUCGCGCUGAGGGCGCUGGACUUCGAGGCCCUGCAGGCGUUCGAGUUCCGCGUGGGCGCCACAGACCACGGCUCGCCGGCUCUGAGCAGCCAGGCGCUGGUGCGCGUCGUGGUGCUGGACGACAACGACAACUCGCCCUUCGUGCUCUACCCGCUGCAGAACGCCUCUGCGCCCUGCACCGAGCUGGUGCCCAGGGCGGCAGAACCGGGCUACCUGGUCACCAAGGUGGUGGCGGUGGACGGAGACUCGGGCCAGAACGCCUGGCUGUCGUUCCAGCUGCUCAAGGCCACGGAGCCCGGGCUGUUUGGCGUGUGGGCGCACAAUGGCGAGGUGCGCACCGCCAGGCUGCUGAGCGAGCGCGACGCGGCCAGGCACAGGCUGGUGGUGCUGGUCAAGGACAAUGGCGAGCCGCCGCUGUCUGCCAGCGUCACGCUGCACGUGCUGCUGGUGGAUGGCUUCUCGCAGCCCUACCUGCCGCUGCCGGAAGUGGCGCCCGAGCGCGCGCAGGCCGACUCGCUGACAGUCUACUUGGUCAUCGCCUUGGCCUCGGUGUCGUCACUCUUCCUCUUUUCCGUGCUGGUGUUUGUGGCGGUGAGGCUGUGCAGGAGGUGCAGGGCGGCGCCGCUGGCUGUGUGCUCUGUGCCUGAGGGCCACUUUCCUGGCCACCUGGUAGAUGUCAGUGGCACUGGGACCCUCUCUCAGAAUUAUCGGUACGAAGUUUACCUGGCGGGAAGCUCUAAGACUAGUGAGUUACAAAUUCUUAAACCAAUGCCCCCCAACUUAUUGGAUGAAGGUGCUGAUAAGAAUAUGGAAGAGAACCGCAACAUUAGGAAUCAUUUUGGGUUCAAUUAGGAAUGUGACUUUGACAACAUGAGGUAAAUCAUUACAUUCACUAGUCUUGAAAACUUUUUAUACUUUCAUUCAUAUAAAGAAGGUACAACCAUGUGGUAGUAACUAUUGUCAUAUUUACAAGAAUUCCAACCUAUAGAAAUAUUUUUACAUUGUUUCCAUUUUUGAAAUAUCUCACAUGAUCAAUAUGGACACAAUAGCAGAGAAAUAAAGGUGGUGUUUUUUUUCUUUUGGUCACGUGUUUGCAAGUCAGAUUUUUCAGGUUCAUUGUUUCAGCUUGUUUGUCGAUAUUUUUAUGAUUAAGGUACUCUUUUUUUCAAACUUUCUGAUUAUCCGCAUGCAUUUUUUGUAAAUA